GGUACAGCCGCUAAAAAUGAAGUCGCAUAAUGUCCCAGUUCGGUUGCUAUGUCAUGUCUCCGCCUGAAACAAAACUGAGAGUUUGUGUUCUGUAAUUAAACUUAUAAUUGACGAUGACAACGUCAAUACAAAACACUAGAAUUAUCGGAUCGGGUGUCUUAAUAUUACUGCUGACAUGGAUUUUUCACUUCAGAGGCGGCGUCACUCUCUCUUCUACUACCAAAGAUCUCACUCUUGUCUUCAAUGUUCAUCCUGUACUGCUGGUGAUCGGUUUUAUUCUCUUGAAUGGUGAAGCCAUGCUAGCAUACAGGACAGUCUCCGGAACAAAGAACUUUAAGAAGGCAGUGCAUUUGAGUAUCCAAUCUGCUGCUUUUUUAUUGAGUUUGAUUGGGGUAUAUGCAGCAUAUAAGUUCCACAAUUUGAAGGGCGUUGACGAUUUCUACAGUCUGCAUUCGUGGCUCGGUCUUUCUUGUUUAUUCCUGUUUGGCGUCCAGUUGGCUACCGGCUUUUAUACCUUUUGGUAUCCUGGUGGUUCUGUAAAUGGAAGGGCUUCUUUACUACCAUGGCAUGUAUUCUUUGGGAUAUACAUUUAUGCACUCGCAAUUAUCACUGCUGCUACCGGAUUUCUGGAGAAAGCCACGUUCAUGCAAGUCCACAAUAUAAUAUCACGUUACUCGACCGAGGCAUUGUUGGUGAACACCCUGGGUAUGCUAACUGUUAUUCUCGGAGGAGUUGUGGUUUACGCACUUGUUACGCCCGCAAAUGGAAAAGGGGACGCCUAUAGACCUCUAGAGUAUGAAAUGCUACGUCCAACUAUUUAACCGAUUGAUCCGUGGUGAUAAUCUUGUAGAUCAGUAAUCUUUGGUUGUGAGCUAAUAGCAUCUGCUGAAACUGAAUACUCGACAUUUUCAACUCUUACAAAUGUAUGCGGAUUUGCAUUGGUUAGUUCAGAGGAGUUUUGUACCGGUUGGUUGUGCUUUGAAGAAAGUUGACAUUACAUUAGACACAAAAGUAGGAUACAACAUUUGGAUAAAAUAGCAAUGGAGUUGCAGCAUUUUUCACUUGCCGGGAUGAUGGUAUGGUUAAUAUUAAAUUUUUUUUGAUUUGCAAUUGCUUAUUGUAUAAACAAGUUACAAAUGAAAAUAUCAUUUUUAGAAAUUUGUUA